GUGGGUCAUGUGCUGAAGCUGCCGCUAGGUGUCGCUGCUUCCCCGCGGUCACGUCGAUAGCCCGGCGGCGGUGUGGUGGCAGAAGACAGCGUCAGCUGGCGGAGAGGACUCACUGAGAUCAAGCAGCAGCCGUCGUCCCACACGCUGCCAUGGUCUCAUCGACGGAAACCUUCACGAAAGCACUUCCUUCUCUCCUUUCGGGGGACAAACUUUAAACACUAGAGGUACUCACGGCGCAGCGGGAUGCCACGACCCCAGUGAACAAGGCGACAAGGUGGAACGGAAAGUAUCGACCACACGGAAACCACAAAGAAGGAGGAGAAGAAGAAGAAGCAGUUGGUUGCUCUUUUUUUCACCCCUCGAAAGGAAAGACGGCAUCCGGCCUGAGAAGAAGCUCCGAGGUCGGGGACUCCGGUCGGAGCCACGCCAAUCGCUUCUGGCCUCCCCUUCCUGAGAGCUCCAUGGAGAAGAUGAAGCGCUUCAAGCGCCGUCUCACUCAGACGCUGCGAGGUAGCCACACCAUCGACGAGUCCCUGUCUGAACUGGCCGAGCAUAUAACCAUAGAGGAGAAUGGUCUGAAGGACAACGAGCCUAUAGUGAGGAACGGCCGUCCUCCAUCAGCCCACAGCGUCCACUCUUUUCUUCACCAAUACGCAGGCUCUUUCAAAAAGCCUCCACUGCGACGGCCGCAAAGCGUCAUCGGAGGAGGUCUGGGCUCGCUCAUGGUCAUGCCUCGCAAUGGCAGUCGCCUUGAUAUCGUCCACGAAAACCUGAAAAUGGGGUCAGACGGGGAGAGCGACCAAGCGUCUGGGACGUCCUCCGACGAGGUGCAGUCGCCCACAGGCGUUUGUCUGAGGAACCGAGGGAACAGGCGCAUCUCUGCGGAGGACCUGAACAAACGUCUGUCUCUGCCUGCGGAUAUCCGGAUACCUGACGGUUACCUGCAGAAGCUACAGCUGAACAGCCCGCCCUUCGACCAGCCUCUGAGCCGGCGCUCCCGCAGAGCAUCCCUGUCAGAAAUUGGAUUUGGGAAGCUGGAGUCUUACAUCAAACUGGACAAACUUGGGGAGGGUACAUACGCAACAGUUUACAAGGGGAGGAGUAAGUUGACGGACAACCUAGUGGCGCUGAAGGAGAUCAGACUGGAACACGAGGAGGGGGCGCCGUGCACAGCUAUCAGAGAAGUCUCCCUGCUGAAGGACCUGAAACACGCCAACAUCGUGACGCUGCACGACAUCGUGCACACGGACAAAUCUCUCACACUGGUUUUUGAAUAUCUGGACAAGGACCUGAAGCAGUACAUGGACGACUGCGGGAACAUCCUGAGCAUGCAGAAUGUCAAGAUUUUCCUUUUCCAGAUCCUGCGAGGCUUAGCCUACUGUCACAGACGGAAGGUUCUGCACAGAGACCUGAAGCCCCAAAACCUCCUUAUCAACGACAGGGGGGAACUCAAGCUAGCAGACUUUGGUUUAGCCAGAGCCAAGUCUGUGCCCACAAAAACCUACUCCAACGAGGUGGUGACUCUGUGGUAUCGGCCUCCAGACGUACUGCUGGGCUCGUCUGAGUACUCCACGCAGAUAGACAUGUGGGGUGUGGGCUGCAUAUUCUAUGAGAUGGCUGCAGGCAGGCCCCUGUUUCCAGGCUCCACAGUGGAGGACGAGCUGCACCUCAUCUUCAGGCUGUUAGGCACUCCGACGGAAGACAGCUGGCCGGGAAUCUCCUCCAUCGAGGAGUUCAAGUCCUACAAGUUCCCAAAGUACAAGACUCAGCCUCUGAUCAAUCACGCGCCGAGGCUGGACAAUGAUGGACUCGACCUUCUGAUGUCGUUCCUGAAAUUUGAAUCCAAAAAGAGAGUCUCUGCCGAUGAAGCCAUGAGGCAGCCAUACUUCAGGAGCCUGGGGCCGCGCGUGCACACGCUGCCAGAGAAUAUGUCCAUAUUUACACUGAAGGAGGUGCAGCUCCAGAAAGAUCCCGGCUACAGGAACUCCUCGCACCCUGAAUCAGGUAAUGGGAAGAACAGAAGACAAAGCAUGCUGUUUUAGUAUUUCUGGACUGGGUUUGCUUCUGUGGGGAGGAUCCCUCAGCUGUGUACAGCCUCGCAGACGGAUCAGGACCCAGAGAUGUUUUUUUUUUUUUUUUGGCAUGGACGGAACAUCAGGAUCAUCAUCACUCCAACCAAACUGUUCUUUGGGGGGAGAAACUCCGCCCCUUUGCUCCUGAGUUUGGUCCAAGUCUGACUCCAGUGAGAGACGACUAUGUACUGUACAUGGAUAUUUAUUGAGAGAAGAGAACGUGCUGCUAAAUCUGACUACUGUCUAGAAUUCUAACUGGCUCAGUCACUUUAAUACCUACAUGCAAUGUGUAUAGAUUUUUAUUUGUUUUUUCAAGUAGUGGUAUGUUUUUAGUUUUUUUUUUUUUUUUUGGUGUUACAUUUUCAUACAGAGAAGUGUGUUUGAGGCUCACGGUCGUGGGGUGUUUGUGUAGCAGCUCAGCGGGGGUGGAUGUGGGGUCAGUCGCCUCCUCCCUUGUGGAGCCAUCACCGUCCGCUUUGAUAAAGCGACGGCUUUCAUCCUGACGGGAGGCCGACACGAGAGCAGAAAGGAAAAAAAAAUCCACAUUCUUGUCUGAGGCUUGCGUAUCAUUCCGGGAUGCUGAGGUCUCAGCCGUGACCAACGAACAAACGCAGAGGCUGGCGAGGGCAUUACAGCGAGAGAUUUAGAACCAUGUACAUUUGGGAUUAACCUCCAUUGUUUGUUUUUCCAUCUAAACUAAAGAGGAGGAGCAACCAGCGAGUCUGCUUUUGUGCGUUUCCCUCUCAUUCCCAUCUCCAUCAAGAGUUAAAAAAACAUCUUCUUUUCUCUGGAUUGCCUCUGUUGUUGUUGCAUGCCUGCUCUGUCGUGUGACGGUCACUGAAGCCCCGCCCCCUAACGAGUCUGUUCUGUUUAACAGUGUUAUACGACGUUUUGUAUUUUCUUUAUUUGUGAAUAAUUGUUUGUGUGGGAUUUUGUCUCCCUCUCUUCCCUUCCUUUUUUGAGUUUUAUUUUCAGAGUAAAGAAAAAUUAAAUUUAAAGUUGACAAAUCUAAA